AUGAACGCUUCUGCUUUCUCCCAGUCCGGCCAGGUCUUCCGUCCAUCAAAUGCUGUUCAACCGACAUAUCAGUCGCUCUCCAUGACGACCAUGAACGCUUUCGCCGUCGAAGCGCCUGCCAACAGUUCGCAGACAUCGGGCGCAUUCACGUCAGGUCCCUGCUCGGUCAUGAUACGAAGACUACCGCUCGAUACCAACGAAGCGAAGUUGAAAUACAUGGUGGUUUGGUCAAAGGAGUGCACUGAUGUGGAGGUAUUGUCGCCUGAGCAGUCGGAAGAUCCUGGAUAUCGAUCGGCAAUACUACGCUUUAAGUCGCAUGCGGGUGCCCUGGAGGCGAAAAAUAUGCUAGAUGGGAAAGCUGCAGAUAAUGUGCAGAUGAUCGUCGAGGUUCUUUACGGCAGUCCUACAUCGUCGCGACGAUAUACCAUCGACGAGACCACGAAUACUGGACCCAGCUCAACGACUUCAUCAGCCUCAUCAGUUGGACCGACGCCACGUCAAUCUUCGAGGUAUAACGGCACUUUCCAGUCUUCGCAGCAAAGAGUGUCUCCAACGAAUGGAGGCGCUUAUGCAAGCAACGAGCUCCCAACUCCUGAGAACAGCGCCCAUUAUCAAAGCUUGUUCUCUCCUCAGUCCCCCAUCGGAAACCAUCUGAAUGGUCCGUCACGAAUUACUGGAAAAUCUUUAAUCAACAACGACUCUGUUGACGAUGACGAGACUGGAGAACUCCUGAAGGACCCGGUUGCUUACGCAGAAAAUGGCGCCUCGGUUCAAGGACGUCGACCAACAAAUCCUCAGAUCCCCAUCUCCCGGAUGGCCGGCUUGUCUCUGAAUACGAAUAAUGCUGCAGGUCCGGCAUCGCUCUCCUCAUCUUUCGUGGCGUCUACCCCUCAUACACUAGGUUCUCACGCAAAUCCCAUGUCUCCCACUCUGACCAAUGGUGGACCACCUGUCAACUAUCAGCUCGGGAGUCAGCAUUACCAGCGUCACAACUUCCCACCCGUCAAUCCUGCUGACCAGAAUCCACCUUGCAAUACUCUUUACGUCGGAAACCUUCCGAUUGACACAUCUGAAGAUGAGCUAAAGGCAAUGUUCUCAAAGCAGCGAGGCUAUAAGCGCUUGUGCUUCAGGACCAAGCAGAACGGACCGAUGUGUUUCGUUGAGUUCGAGGAUGUCUCGUUUGCAACCAAGGCUCUUCAUGAACUCUAUGGACACCCUCUUCAUAAUAGCAUCAAAGGCGGCAUUCGAUUGAGCUUUUCCAAGAAUCCUCUCGGCGUGCGUUCCGGUCAGGGUAUGACCUCUCCAGGACCAUCGAAUGUUCCAGGUGUUAUGCAGGGCAUGAAUGGGGCAUUAGUUGGUGGACCUGGUGGAUCGUUCAGUACGGCAAGUGGACCUCCCCCAGGUCUCUCAGCCCCUCCAGGACUCGCUCCCAACAGGAUGGGCUAUUCCAGUGCGAUGAGUCCGAUGACAACAGCUGGUGGACACUACACCACUACUGCUUUUGCUGGAAAUAAUAACGGUUGGAAUACGCCUGUUUUUGCGGGUAUGGCUGCUGGAGGACCUUCUGCAAUGCUUAACGGUGCCAACAAUGGGUUCCAACCUCCCGCCUACAUGAUGGGCAGGUAG